AUUGGUUGUGUAUCGGUGUAAUACGACACUUCCAGACAGGGGAUUCGCAGCAUGUACAACGAUUACGAAGAAAAUAGGGAUCGAACAAUCUUAUUGUCCGGAUCAGCAUACAAAAAAAGUGCGGCAAAAGCGUUGAAGUGUCGACAAAAAGGAAAUGAAUAUUUUGCUAAAAAGGAAUGGGCUAAUGCAACGGAACUGUACAACAAAUCGACGUGUUUUGCUGAAGAGGGAUCUGAGCUGAUGGGAUUGGCGUACGCAAAUCGGGCAUCGUGUUUUUUCAACAUGAAAAUGUACAGCAAGUGUCUUAUCGACAUCGAGCAUGCCAAACAAAACAACUACCCGCAAGAAAAAUUGGCCAAAUUGGACGAACGGAAAACCAUUUGCUUGGCUGCGAUGGAGAAGGAAACGGAUCGAAGUGAGAUGUUCGAACCUAAGCUGGACUACACACCCAACGAAAUGUUUCCGUGUUUCGCUGAUGUUCUGAAAAUCGAAAACAACCACCAACACGGUCGGCACGUUGUGGCGAAGGAAGAUAUUGACGUGGGCAAAACGGUGAUGGUCGAUCAAAGCUACUUUGCGGAAACAAUCAAUCAAAAGUACCGACGAUGUGGUAAUUGUUUGCGAUCGGCCGAGAAUCUCAAGCCAUGCCACAAGUGUACGUUUACGAUGUUCUGUCCACGAUGCGAAGAAAACAGCUUUCAUGACAUUGAAUGUGAUGUCAAUCCAACCUAUUUCGGUUGUCUGGAUUUUAUGAGCUUUCGAAUGGUUGUCAUACGUUCGAUUUUACUGACCAUGAAUGCAUUCGAUGACAACGAUCAAUUGAUUGCUGCCGUUGAGGAAAUGUUGUCCAGCGAUGCAGUCAAAGUACCCGAGUCGUUGUCUGAUCCACAAUCAAAGUAUCGUGCAUUCUUCAAGCUACAACCCAAUCCAAAGGAACAAGUGGACCGAAAACUCCCACAGAAGAUUUAUCUGAUUUAUCGUUUACUAAUGGGUCAGUCGAAGGUGUCAAAGAUUUUCCAUUCGGAAGCACGCAAACGCUUUUUAAUGCAUUUAAUUGGCCACCACGUCAUCGUUAUAAAAAAUUAGAUUCGAAAUGACCGCUAUAAAACGGGAAGAAUAGGUGAUUACGGCGAAGAAAUUUAAAUGUUUUAUGAGCAUCGAAUGAGCAUUCCCGCAGGGUAUUUUAAUCACUCUUGUUCACCCAACGCUUACAUCAACUCAUAAAACGGCAUCAACAUCUGCGUCGUCAUUCGACCUGUGCGAAAAGGUGAACAAUUGUGCGUGACUUAUGAUGACACAAUUUUGCUAGCGCCAAAGGCAGAGCGUCAGCGUAAUCUACAGUCGAAAUUCAAUUUCCAGUGCAAAUGUGACCGAUGUGAGCAACCUCUGCUAUGGUUAUCCAGUCUCAUAUCAAAUCUUUACAUCAAAUCGGAUCCAA